AAUUAAAAGUGCGGCCACACUUGGUAUAAUUCUACACGAUUUGCGUGUGACUAAAAAUUGAAAUUAUUUUUGAUAAGUUAUAAGUUUAAGCACAAAACAUGGCUGCGACCGCAAAUAAUACCGCUAAAACCGAGAUGAUCGAUCUCACCAAGCUCAGUCCGGACCAAUUGAUGCAAAUCAAGCAAGAGUUCGAGCAGGAGAUGAGCAGUAUACAGGACUCGCUGUCGACUCUGCAUAGCUGCAAAGCGAAAUACGCUGGCUCCAAAGAUGCCUUAGAAUCGUUCCAGCCUGAUUGGGAAAAUCGUCAGAUCCUGGUGCCACUCACCAGCAGUAUGUACGUGCCCGGUCGCAUCAAGGACCUCAACAACUUUAUCAUAGACAUUGGCACCGGCUACUACAUCGAAAAGGACUUGGAUGGUUCCAAGGACUAUUUUAAGCGUCGCGUCGAGUACGUGCAGGAGCAGAUCGAGAAAAUCGAAAAGAUUCAGCUGCAAAAGACGCGUUUCCUCAACUCUGUGAUCGGUAUACUGGAGGUGAAGCAAGCAGCUGCAGCAAAAAUGAUUCAGCAGCAGCAGCAACAACAGCAGCAGCAACCACAAGCCAAGCAGACAGCCUAAGGUUUAGGUCAAGGACUCCACCCGGCCGGCAACGCGUUGACGCAGAACAAAUAUGAAAGAUGAUUAAAUUAUUAUAAACUUAUAAACAAUAUUUGUGCAUUUAAUUAACAUUAUGUAGUUUAUUAAAAUGUUCAACUAUUUCUUGGCCUCCUCCAA